AAAAAAAAUAAAAUAGUCGAUUGUACCCUGUUGCACUUGGCCCGGGAGUUGGAUCAUGAUUACCGCAGCGACUGGGAACAUUUGCUGGAGGAUGACUUUGGAUUUGGCGUCCAUGCCCACGAUCUGUUUCAUCCGCGUCGUCUGAUGUUGCCCCACGGCUCGCUGGGUCGUCGUCGCUUUUUGCCCUAUGAGCGGAGCCUUCAUGGCCAUGGCCACCAUCAUCAGUUGAUGCCACGUCGUUCGUCGGGAGGUAAAAAUUCCCUGCUUCCCGCGGUGGGCAAAGAUGGCUUCCAGGUCUGCAUGGAUGUGUCCCUUAAGCCGAACGAACUGACGGUCAAGGUGGUGGACAAGACCGUUGUGGUGGAGGGCAAGCACGAGGAGCGCGAGGAUGGACACGGGAUGAUCCAGCGCCACUUCGUGCGCAAGUAUACCCUGCCCAAGGACUUUGACCCGAACGAUGUGGUCUCCACCGUCUCCUCCGACGGGGUGUUGACCCUCAAGGCUCCACCGCCGCCCAGCAAGGAGCAGGCCAAGUCGGAGCGCAUUGUCCAGAUCCAGCAAACUGGCCCUGCCCACCUGAGCGUCAAGGCUCCCGAAACUUCCGAGGGAAAAGCCGAAAAUGGCGGCGGCGAGAAAAUGGAGACUGGCAAGUAAGAGAGAGAGGGGUGCUGAAACCAAGAUUCGCUGGCGAAGAAUGAGAAGAAGAAUUUAAAGGAGAAACGGGAGUGUUGCAGCGCUGCUCGGAGAGUGCAAGACUAAAAAGGAAACACCACAAACACACACCCAUUGUAUUACUCUCUCACAAACACACACACACAUCAUCACAUCCUAGACUUAAGCGAUUUUAAACUCCAUUUAUUAUAAAGGAAAAAAAAAUAACAUUUUAGUCUGUAUGAUUAGGGUAAAAAUUGGAGAAUUCAAUGCUCCCUUUUAGUUCAUACUUUUUGUAACAUGAACAGGCGCAACACUCGGAGGAAUUAUGCAUUUCAUUUGUGAAUAAAAGAAAAAAUAUACAGAAAAAAUCA